AUGUACGGACACAGAGCCACCGUCGGCAUUGUCGCUUUCGUCAUUUCGCGUCUCACUUCAAUUCGAUGAUCGCAGGCUGAAGCUCCAUCGAACUCGAGACGCGACUGUGCCUCGCUCCUGGUGUUAUCAGCUUUACUCAAGUAAAACAAACAACCACAACAAUGAAUCCUGGACAGCUGACUCUUCUCGGUUCCACAAUCUGUGUGAUGCUCACGACGCACUUUUCUGUUCAGCUUCUUUCUGAGCAUUUCUUCCAUUGGAAGAAGCCAAAGGAGCAGAAGGCCAUAAUCAUCAUCAUCCUUAUGGCCCCUAUAUAUGCUAUUGACUCGUAUGUUGGUUUGUUAGACUAUCAAGGAAGCAAAGCAUUUUUCACAUUCUUGGAUUCAAUAAAGGAAUGUUAUGAAGCUCUGGUGAUUGCAAAGUUCUUGGCUCUUUUAUAUAGCUACUUGAACAUAUCCAUUAGCAAAAACAUAGUCCCAGAUGAAAUUAAAGGGAGAGAGAUUCACCAUUCAUUCCCAAUGACACUCUUCCAGCCCAGGACAGUUCGUUUGAAUCACAGGACAUUAAAGCUUCUUAAGUACUGGACAUGGCAGUUUGUGGUGAUUCGUCCUUUGUGCUCCAUCCUAAUGAUCGCUCUUCAACUCUUUGGAAUAUAUUCGACCUGGCUCAGCUGGACAUUUACUAUUGUUCUGAACAUUUCAGUCUCGCUCGCUUUGUAUUCUCUUGUGCUUUUCUACCAUGUCUUCUCCAAGGAGUUGGAACCGCACAAGCCUCUUGCCAAGUUCUUGUGCAUCAAGGGGAUAGUAUUUUUCUGCUUUUGGCAGGGCGUGGCACUUGAUGUUCUUGCAGCGCUGGGCAUAAUUCGGUCUCAUCAUUUCUGGCUGGAUGUGGAGCAUAUAGAGGAGGCACUUCAGAAUGCAUUGGUGUGCAUAGAGAUGGUCUUAUUUUCUGCUUUUCAGCAGUAUGCAUACAGUGUGGAACCAUACAAAGAUGAUUCCAGCAAAAAGAGAGAAUGACUUUGGAUACUUCUCUGGCGGGGAAUAUGACAAAUUGCGUACUGUAAUUUAUUGUAGCUGCUGGAUGAGAAAUGCCGAUACCGGUCCAUGGAGUGUAUGUCUCCAAAUAAAAUUUUGCUAAGCUUGUUUGAGUGUCCCAAUGGAGGAACUUAUUGCAAUGCCAGGUCCUCUGGGUUUGACGGUUCCUUUUCUUGGCCAUCUUUUAGGUGUUUUGCCUAUCGAAAGAUCCAGGUCCAA